AUGGAAAAAAAACUGGAGCCGUCUGAGCGUUAUCUUAACGAUUGGGAUACGAAACUUACUGACGAUUGGAUUGAAUAUGCAAAAACAGUACAGACAUCCCAUUGUCGAAAUAUCAACGCAAACGAACGAGGCGCAAAAUAUUCUGAAAAUAUGAUUCACAAAAUUGAUGAACUUGUACUCAUGCAUGCUUUCGGAGCCUCAGCCAAAAAAGGUCCACCGCAUUCGGAUAUUAGAAUAAAUUUCAAUUCGCCUCAACGUAGAGUUGCCGAAAAAAUUAGAAAGAUGAUAUUGAAAUAUGGGAAAAACCAGGAUUCUGCUGAUGGAAAAAGCUACGUGACUAUUCAGGUAAUUUCAAUAACGAUGAUGCUAGUGGAUUGUCCCGACGAAUCAAAACAAAAGAAAAGCGAUGGCAAUGAAACAAGUGAAAACAAUACACCUAGUGUUGCUCAGAUUGCAGUUUUUCGGGUUGUUACCCAAAACAACACUUUUUGUUUUAUCGAUCAUACUGGUCGAUAUUACGAAAGUUGGAAUGAUUACUUAGGAAACAACAAACUUCCUCGAUGUAAAAUGUGUUAUCCUGAAAAUGGUGUCUACAAGAUGGUAGAACAGAGUUCCAACAAUGUCGAUGAAAACAAUAACGAGGAAACAUUUACUCUUGAUCUUCAAUUGUCAGAAUCGAUUUCUUGUACUACCGGCAAACGUUUCACGGCUGGAGCACUUACAGUAGUAUCUUAUCUUGGCUUGGCUGCUGGUGUGGUAUCUAUUGUUGCUGCUCCUUUUACAGGUGGUGCUAGUAUGGGUGCGUAUGCAACAUAUGCAACCGUGACAGCUGGGUGGGUCAGUUUUGGUUGCAUGAUGGUUGGUGGCGCUGCUAAUCUUGGUUCAUUGUGGGACAAAUUUUGGCAUGAUGAAUCAUGUCGUACUGAAAUUGCAUCACUUGCCAUGUCACUAUUACAUUAUGGCGUUGCCAGGUAUAAUACUAGAAUGAUAGAUAAACUUAAAUAUAAAGUACCAGUAACACGAACAGAACUUAUACUUAUGACUGCGCUUAAUUGUACUCGAUUUGCUGUUGAUUCUGUCAUGUUUGGAAUAACAUUUGCACGUCUAAUAAGGAAAGCGUGUACCGAAGGAAUUAGCAGUAUUACGCCUACCGAACUGGUACAAUUCUCUAUGUCUGCCUACUUCUUUGGAAAAACUGUUUUUGAACCCAAAACUGGGUAUGGUAUUAUUAAGGAAGCUCAGCAAAGAUAUGUUAUGUUAGAAAAGAGAUCAACGAUUGAGGACGCGGGAGCACAAAAGAAAUUUGACGAAUUUGUGGAUCCUGAAAAAAAACGAUUCGGUGAUGAUAGUGCGAUGCAAACAGUCAAAGAUGAUUGGAAAGGCAUUACUUGUUCGCAAGAAGUGUGCGAUGAACUAAAUGGCAACGGAGAUCUUAUUCGCAAUAUCAAUGGCAUUGAAGAUUUGAAUCAAUUUUUUUUAGAGGUGAGUGACACUAAUUCAACUCUAUCUAUGACAAAUGAUGGAAAAAUUAUGGUAAACGAACAGUUCAAAACUGAUGGAAAGAAGCUAAAUGACUUCGGUGAAACAAAAGGGGGUGUCAACGAGCGACGAAGGACUUUACUAGAAGGUACAGCACUUAUACGACAAGCAAAAGCAGAUCAAGCGUCGGCAAGUGGUAGCCAGCACAAAAGUCAAAUGGAUUCUGCUAACGGAAAUUUCAAAAAAGGCGAGGAUAUGCUGAAAACAUUAUUGGAGCCCCCCGAACCAACUUGUAAUGCUUUUGUUGGUUUUUUUAAACGAGUGCUAGCACCUAUUACCGGUAAGACGGAAUCGAAACCUAGUGUGAUGGAAUCGGUGCAAUCCAUGAUGAAAUGUGACCCAACUACGGUGGGAUCCGUAACAAAUAUCACAGCAACACCUCCAACGGGAACAGGUUCCGUAACGAGCGCAGCAACAACACGCCCAGGCCUGACGAGUUCCAUAAAAAAUAAAGCAAAAGAAAUCUCAGAUAUGGUGGACUCUGCGUUAGUUCCUGUAUCAAAAAUCGCAGCUGCUGCGACGACAGUGACAAUGACGACAGAGAAAGCCACAAAUGCAUUCAAAUCGGUAGUAGAUGCAAAGGAUAAAAUUUAUAAUAUGAUGAAACCACAGGGCCAACGCUGUGCCAACUCUGGAACGUCCAAUGAAAGUCAUCAAACGAGUCGAGAAAUGCAAGGAAAUCAAUCAGGCGAACAAAGACAGCAUUCCACAAGCAAUUCCGCUUCUUCCUCUCAGGUUCAGAACAAUCGGCAAGGUGACGACGAUCAAGGUCGAAGGCAAACAUCUUCUCCCCAUCAAACAAAUCGAUCUCGACCUGGAUCACGAGAGCCAAGAACUAGCAGAUCUGCAGGCAAUCAAGAUUCUUCUCGCAGUUUCAAUGGUAAUGUCGACUCUGUUAAAGAGGCAAAUAUGGAAAUAGCAACAGCAAUAAUAAAAUGUUUGGAGAAUCAAACGGGUAGCUCAGAAGUGCCAGCUAAUGCUCGAAACGAUAUUAUUAAAAGACUUCAACAAUUAACUAUGUUUAACCAGUUUUAUUGCAAAUGCACAUCCGAAAGCGGAGUGGUGCAAGUUGAUUUUGAGUUCGAAGGGAUAUCCGGAGGUCGCAAUGACUGGCAGCUCACAAUCACAAUCGAUGUCGACAUGCCUCUGGAUGACGGUCCACGUAUGAACUAUAAAGUUCGUAUAAACACAAGGAAAGUUCAAGUGGGACAUGCGUAUCUACCUGAAGGACAUUUGGAUAUUGGCAGACCGGGAACAAAUGAUGACGACCAACUUCAAGAUAUCGAAAAGGAAGCGGGAAACAAGGGAUUCGACCGAGAACAAGGAGGUGGAUCAAUGAGAUGGAAAUUUUCAGAGAAGAAACUCAGACGUUCUUAA